AUGAGCUCUGCACAAUGGACAGAGACCUGGUCCAGAUACGAUGCCAUAGAGAAGUCGCUUCCCUUCGUCAUCGCAGUCGCGCUUGUUCUUAUCAUUCAUCGUGCUUCCCAAGCCCCUCGCUCUGAUGUUCCAUUAGCCAAUCCCAAGAAGAGGCCGGAAUUUUCGAGACAGAGAGCAAAGAAAGACUUUGUGUCGCAUGCGAAUAGACUUGUUGGAGACUGGUUCAAAACGAAUCCGAACAAGCCGAUGCGCCUCAUUGCAGAUGUAGAGGAGAUUACGGUACUGCCCCCAAGCUUGGCACAAGAGAUCAGAAACGAUAAGCGCCUGAGCUUUAACCAGUGGACUUACAAGGUACUGUCAAUUGACACCGAACAGGCGUUUCAUGGCGAUUUAUCUGGAUUCGAAGGCUUUGCCGCAGGCACAGGAGGUUCAAAUCUGGUCCAGACAGUUGUCACUAAGGAUCUCACCAAAUUUCUCAGUGACAUAGAAUGGCAUACGAUACCAAUGAGAGAUGUGAUUCUGCAACUGGUUGCACGCAUCUCUUCGCGCGUAUUUCUCGGCCCAGAACUUUGUCGCAAUGAGGCUUGGCUUCGAAUAACUCGCGAGUAUACUGUUACAGGGUUUCUGGCAGGCGAGGGGCUCCGUCCGUGGCCGGAAUUCAUGCGCCCUUUCGUCCACUGGGUUUUGCCAGAUUGUCGUAAGUUGAGGAAAGAAGUCAGUGAGGCUCGCUCCAUCAUCGAAUCCACUGUUGAUCGUCGCCGACAAUUGAAAGACGAACUCGUUGCUGGGGGCAAAGAUGUGCCCGAAUACAACGAUGCAAUUGAAUGGUUCGAGAAAGCGGCCAAAGGCGCGCCUUAUGACCCUACACCCCUACAGCUCAGCCUGUCUCUUGCGGCGAUCCAUACGACAACCGAUCUGCUUACUCAAGUCCUGACACGAAUCUCGCAAAACCUGGAUAUCUUGAAGCCCCUCCGUGAGGAGAUUACUUCCGUUCCUCAAGAUGAGGGUUGGAGCAAAACGUCCUUAUAUAAGAUGCAGUUGCUGGAUAGUAUUAUCAAGGAAAGCCAGCGGAUGAAACCCACUGAUAUUGUCACGAUGAUGCGCCUCGCCGUUGAAGACGUCAAGCUCUCUGACGGCACCUUGAUUCCGAAAAACACCGGUCUGGGUGUAUCCUCGCACAGAAUGUGGGAUCCCGCCGUUUACCCUAACCCGGAUCAAUGGAAGGGUACUCGAUUCUACGAAAUGCGCGACGAGCCUGGAAAGCAGAAUUCCUCCCAGCUUGUAUCUACAAGUCCAGACUACCUCGCAUUCGGUCAUGGCCAGCAUGCUUGUCCGGGCCGCUUCUUUGCGUCAAAUGAGGUCAAGAUUGCCCUGGUUCAGAUUAUCAUGAAAUAUGACUUUGAAUUAAAGGAAGAGGUGUCGCCACAGGUAUACAAGCAUGGGUUCGUCCUGAGUGGUGACCCGUCCUUGGAGUUGCGGAUUAAACGGCGUGCGGAGGAGACAAUAAUAUAG